GCCCUGAUGUGUCCUUUUGAUACACUGAUUGAUACAUACGGGAUGGACAGCUCUAUAAACUAUGAAUCUGCUGCGCAUCACAAAGCAGGAUUGCCUGAGAACAACUGUUGGAACAUGACGACGAUAAAAAUCUUUCCGAACUUGGGCUUCAAAUUUCGCCAUUCUGCUGAGGAUCUGCUCAUCAUGUCCUUAACUUUUGGAGAUGUCAUUAGGGUUCAGAAAAUAGUGAAUCAUGGAGUCGCACAUGGCGAGGUGACUUAUUCCAAUGUUCAUGAUGCUGCUGUGGCCCUGAAUAAACUGAAGGACAUCAAAUGCUUCCUCGUGAGUCUAAUAAACCCCUGGGAAACCAGCAAGGAUGAAAGAUCAGAAGACCCCUGGCAGCGACCCCCCUGUCUCCAACAAGAUAUGUUUAAAGAGCAACAAUCAAAGAGGCGGCCCAGUCUGCUGGACACACCGUAUCCACCAGCUUACAGCCAGAGUGUGUGUCUUCGUAUAAGUCACUUGCCAAAACUUUUAGAAGAAAGGUACCAGCUGCUCAGCCUCCUCCCUAUAAGCACCACCGAUGUGAAGUUGAAGAAGAAGUACAUCUUAGUGACACUUCCUGACAUCUCCAUCGCUGGGAGGCUGAUUGCCAGCUUAGAUGACGUCUUCACUGACUCCAGACGCCUCAAAAUUUCCUUUUUGUAGAAGAAGGAGUUAGAGCUUGGCCUGGAUCAAGGUGCAAAAAACAUGGUAGACACCUUUGCCAUCACCAAAGUCAACUGUAGAGCCUCUGGGUAAUACAGUGAGUGCACUAGAGCAGCCAGGCUUCUUAAAACAAGACAAAAACACAGCGUGAUAUCAAUAAAUACCUCUGUUUCUGCAGAG